CUUUCUCUUUUUUUUUCAGCCCCCCUUGAAAAGACGAGCGGUUUCGUGUCAGGGUCCAACGCUGCCGUGUCAUUCUGCUCAGAAGGGGGAAACGCGUGGUCAGCAGUACAGUUGGCUCCACUGCAGCGUUUCUGGUACCUCGUUGUGUGCAAAAUUGGACUUUAAACCAAUCAUGGAUACAGACAAAAAAGAGGUUUUAGAUGUGCCAGCAACUCAAAAUCAAGAGGACACAGUAAUGGAACAAGAGGCAAAACUAGAAGCAAUGGUGCAACCCACAGAGCCUGAGAAUCCACCAGCUGCUGUGGAAGAAGUUGACCAGCCGGUGGUGAAAAGCCAAGAAACAGAAAAGCCAGUUGUGGUAGAAAAUGUGAUGCAGGAAAAUAAAGAAAGCGACACGAAAAAACCAGAAGAGGAGUCGGUGCCCUGCGCAGCAGCACCAGUAGAAUCAGCCGAGUCAUCAGUAAAGGUCUCUGACCCAGCUGCAGCUUUAGAACAGCAUCCUGUGCCAGAGAAUAUUGCAGAGCCUGUACAAGUCCAUAUGGCAGAGACCACCCCUGAACCAGAGCCAGAGAAACCAGCAGAAACUCUACCACAAGAGAAGACUGUACCCGAACCAGCCGUGAAGAAACCAGCAGAUACUGUACCCGAACCGGCAGAUACUGUACCUGAACCAGCCGUGAAGAAACCGGCAGAUACUGUACCUGAACCAGCUGUGAAGAAACCAGCAGAUACUGUACCCGAACCAGCCGUGAAGAAGCCAGUUGAAACCCAGCCAACCAGCAAAGAAGAGGCAGAACCAGAACAAGUGAAGACGGAGGAUAAAAUGCCCACUGGAGUGGAGACAAAGAUGGAAAAAGAAGUAGUUACGGGAACGGUUGUGGUGACUGAAGCUUCAGCUGAGAAGUUGGCAGAACCAGCAGCAAUGGAGAAGGUGCCAUUGGGUGAAAGUGGGGAACCUGCCCCGACUCAGAAAGAAGUCAAGUCUGAAUCUGUUAUUCCUGAGGAACCGACAGUAGAAGCUGAAGCUGUUAAAUCUGUGCAGAAAGAACCAGAACUUCAAAAGGAGGAAGAUCCUGUUCCUGCUCCCAACUCGCUUUCUUUUGCCCUCCUGGAACAUGAGGAAACGAAAGAUGUACUACGAAUUUCUCGCACGCUUAUUGUCCUCAGGGGCCUUCCUGGAAGUGGCAAAAGCUUCUUGGCACGAGCUAUAGCAGACGCUUACAAAGACCAGUGUACCGUCUUCUGUGCUGAUGACCACAACAUAAAGCCUGAAAAUCCCUCUGCUGAAGGGUACAAAGCUCUGGAUGAUGCUGUAGUGGCUCGUUGCUGUGAUGGGACGGCGUCCUCUGUGCUGAUCGUGGUGGAUGAUACCAACCACACCCAUGAUCGGCUUGCCCGCCUGGGAGAGAUUGCAGAGGAACACAAUCUUGUCGCCAUCUUCUUGGAGCCGCAAACCGAAUGGAGCAGAGACUUAAGUCAGCUGAAAAAGAAGACUGGCCGUGGACUAGAGGAGGCCCACCUGGAUACAAUGAAGGGUCCACUCAAUGAAACAUCCCUUCCUCUUUAUUUCGGCUGGUUUCUUUUCUCUUCAGUACAGGACAAGGUUGGGUGCACAGCAAUGGACUUCUUGAAAACAUUGGACACCCUGGAAGGCUUCAAAAAACACAUUACUGACUUCACAGGACAAGCUGAGAAGGAGGUGGAUCUGGAGCAGUACUUUGAGACCAAGGGAAUCCUCCACUGCACUACAAAGUUCUGUGACUAUGGGAAAGCAGAUGGUGCAAGCGAGUAUGCAAAGAAUCCAGUGAUUAAGAAGUCCUACAGUUCUGUGUUCGAGCUGUCGCUGACUGCUCUCUUUGUCACCCCUCGCACCGUUGGUGCCAGAGUGUCCCUCACCGAUGAGCAGCUCAAGCUUUGGCCAGCGGAUACAGAAAAGGAGUCGGAGGCAGAUGUUCCCGGUUCUGCGUCUCUGCCUGUCGGAAGCCGUGCCCACGUUACGCUGGGUUGUGCGAAGGAUGUGGAGCCUGUUCAGACGGGCUUAGAUCUGCUCCAAAUCCUAACCCUGCCUCAAGGCGAGGUGGUCGAAGAGAUGAAGCUCGGCUCGCUGCAAUAUUACGGUGAAGGAAGGUGGAUGCUCAGCCUCAGAGAGCCAAUCUGUGCUGCGACUUGCUUCUCCAGCUUCUACGGAUGCAAGGAGCAGGAGGAGCAGCAGUCACCUAAAAAAGAACCAGAAAAGAAAAAGACGAAGAAGUGUGCUAUUCUGUAGAUGGAAACGGCUGUGUGUCAGGGGUGUGGUUGGUGAAUUAAAACUAAGGCUUACUUUGUGAAAGAUUGGUUUUUGUUUGUGCAGCAUUUAGGGCUUCAGUUGUAGCAUCUCUAAAUCCACAAACGAUGUGCCUUUUUAAUGUUGAUUUGCACCACAACCCAAGAUGCCUUAGACAGAGUUAGGCACGUUAUUGGUUCAGUAUUUUUUUUCCAUCAUGCUGUCCUGUUAGCUGCAGUUUCUCCUAGGAUAGCCUCCUUCCACAGCAUCACAGUGUAUUUUCAAAACCUAGGCUUUCUUCUGCAUACUCCAAUGUUCACACUAGAUACUCUGAUUGCAUGCAUCACAGGUUUGUUUUCCAUAAAUUACUGGAUUAAUGUGCUAAACAUAGCUCUGUUUCCUUUGCCAUAGCUUCAUAAUUCUACAGUAUGUGUGUUUGUGCAGCUUAGGAAGUAAUGGUGAUUAGCUUCUGGACCAAAGUUGCAUAUUAAGUGUUAGAUUCAAUGUCAGUUGUAGAGAUUCUUCCUUGUAAAUCUCUGGCCUGUGCUUAGCUUCAGAGGGAGAAUGCUGAUGAACUUGGCUUUUUUUUUUUUUCAGCAGUUUGCAUUUGUUGCUUAUGAAAUGCUGUGCGUCUGCCAACGUUUUGCAAUCUUUUCUACUGCGCAAUCCUCUUUGAAGAGUACUUCCAUGUCCUGCUUUUUGGCUUGUAGGCUGUAACUGUAAUUUUCCUGAAGUUCUACUUUGUGUAGCUCUUAUGAAUCACUAUUUUUGCACUUGUUUUGUACACUCAAUAAAGAGAAACAUGCUUUGCUGUAA